AUGGGGAGUAAAAAAGAUUCAAAAUCGGCGAUGAAAGAGGUGUUCGAAUAUUGGAUAUGGAAGCAACCAAUGUUGCUGAAGGUCUUCCUUGCAGUAAUGGCGUUGGUGUUAUCUUUCACCGCAAUGAAGCUCAUACUGAAAGACAACAAUCACUUCUUUAUUGCCUCCGAGCUCACCCACGCCACUGGGAUUGUUGCUUUGAUUUACAAGCUUACUACCAAGAGGACAUGUUCUGGCCUUUCGUUGAAGUCUCAAGAACUCACGGCGAUGUUUUUAGCAGUAAGAGUAGUGUGCAGCUUCAUGCUGGAAGGUGACAUCCAUACACUGCUGGAUUUAGCCACCUUCGUUUUCACUGCAUGGCUUAUAUUCAUGAUUCGGUCCAACCUCAAGUCUACCUACAUCAAGGACCUUGAUAAUUUUCCCCUCUACAGUAUGGUGGUGCCCUGUGCCAUACUUGCUGUGCUAAUCCACCCACGCGGUUCUGAUAUGUACAUCAGUCGUCUUCUUUGGGCCUUUUGUGUUUAUUUGGAAGCUGUUUCAGUUACGCCACAGCUUCGCAUGAUGCAGAAUGCAAAGAUGAUCGAACCGGUUACGGCCCAUUAUGUGUUUGCACUUGGUGUUGCCAGGUUCCUCUCCUGCGCUAAUUGGAUUAUCCAGGUCUAUGAGACAGGAGGGACUUAUCUGUUCUUGGUCGGGUAUGGUUACUUGUGGUUCCCCAUGGCCAUCCUCGCAGAAAUUGUCCAAACAUUCAUCUUGGUUGACUUUUGUUACUAUUAUAUCAAGAGCUUUAUGCAGGGCCAACUAAUAAUCAGGAUGCCAGUUUAGAAAAUUUGAAAUUAAUGUUAGGCAAUGUAAUGGACAAACAAAUGACUUAAGUUCAUCUGUUUUGAAGCUUAAUU